GGCGACAAAUGGUGAGGACCACACGACUGAGGCUAUGUGGCAGGCUACGCUGAGGCACGCAGCCACAUCAGGCGCUGUGCUCUCACCGAGACAGACGUUUGGGAGAGCUACAGCCGGGAGUGGCGUGCGGACACUGAGUGGGACGGCUGCAACCGCGGCGAGACUUGCAUCUUCUUCGCAAGUCGUCGUGGGUGUCAACAAUGGCCCCUUCCCUGUGUCCACCUCUGUUCCCUCGCCGCCUUCCUCGCCGUCGGUCUUGGGCGCAUCUGAACAGGCUGCGGCACUUCUGGGGCCCAUUUCUCGACGAGAACGGCGAGCAGCGCAAAAGGAACGACGAAAAGAGGCACUGAAACGCAAGGCCGGCCAAUCCAUCUUUGCGCGCAUGGGUGUCAGUUCCGAGAAGGUCUCGCCAUACGUGCGGAAGGAUCGACAAUUCAAGACAUUUAAGCCUCUGACGCCCUCGUUGCGGUGGGUACGGACAGCAUUGAAUCCGCAUCUGCACAAGGGCGGACCAGAGCGAGGUCUUACGGUGGCAAAGCGAGCAAAAGGAGGAAGGAACCACCACGGUCGUCUGACAGUGCGGGGCGUGGGCGGAGGACAUCGAAGGAGAAUCAGGAUGGUCGAUUUCGAGAGAUCAAAGCCAGGCGAACAGAAGGUUCUGCGGAUUGAAUACGAUCCAGGCAGAUCCGCACACAUUGCCCUCAUAGAGCACCAGUCGACCAAGGUAAAGAGCUACAUCCUUGCGCCUGAAGGUCUCCGGGAGGGCGAUGUAGUGCAGAGCUACCGACACUAUGCAUUGGGGCAGUCGGACGCCGUCGGUUCGGGGGACCUCGCAGACAGUGGCAACAGUGCAAACUCUUCGUUGAACUUGGGCAUCUUCCGAACAAAGGCUAUCAAGCCGGGAAACGUUCUUCCGCUCAAGAUGAUCCCCAUCGGCACGACGAUUCACGCCAUCUCCCUCAUGCCAGAAGGGCCUGCCAAGCUGGUUCGUUCGGCUGGCGCCUACGGUCAGCUGGUCGCAUUUGUCAACCGAUCCAAGGCAAAGCCGACGGCUGCUUCGGCCGAUGAUGAUGCCAACCCUUCUCCCGAAGCACUGAUGUUGGAAGAACGGGCGGAAGCCGAGGCUGCGGCCUCGUCAUCGGCCCCAAAGACACAUGCACAGGUCAAGCUGCAAUCGGGCGAAGUGCGCCUCGUCCUCGCUGGAUGCUGCGCGACCAUUGGCAGGGUGAGCAACGCUGACCACGAACAUGAGCGGCUGGGCAAGGCCGGAAGAAGUCGAUGGCUGGGCAGGAGGCCCAAGGUGCGAGGUGUGGCCAUGAAUGCCGUCGAUCACCCUCACGGUGGUGGUCGAGGAAAAUCCAAGUCAAACAUGCACCCGCGGUCGAUCUACGGCCAAAAGACAAAGGGACCCAGGACAAGAAAGCCCGGUACAAAGAAUGGCAACCAGAUGGUCGUUCGCGAACGUCCCCGCCGCAACGGGAAGCGAGCGGGCAAGCCUUGAACACAUCCCUCAUCACUCUCCAGAGGGUACGAUGUAGUCGCUCAUAGCAAUGAUGAUGGAUAGAGAUGUCUUGAUGCGACACUAGAAUAACAGGGGGCAAAGUUUAAG